AUAUAAAGAAAGUCAUUGAUAAAAAUCCUUCGAGGAGCCUCAGUGCAGCAAUUGAGGCUAUGUUGAAAACGGGAAGAAUGGUUACCCAAUCAGGACUAGAUUUACAGCAGAGAGCUGGUUACACAGUUAAGGCAGAGAGGCUUAACUUUUUACGUUUCAUUUCAUUCUUUCGUGCUGUGCAUCGAGGGGCUUCAUUUGCUGGGCUUCGUACAACCAGUGUACGGAAGUUGCUACCUGAAUCUUGGGGUUUCCUUUGUCCUGUGCACACGCCUGAUGGGGAGCCAUGUGGAUUGCUGAACCAUAUGACUUCUACUUGUCGUAAGGCCUUUCAUUUCUUUCUUCCUUAUUUGUUUUUUUGUUUCAAAUUUGCAUAA